AUGGAGGACGACUGGCUGCUCCCGUCCUCCGCCGACGCCCCGCGGGACGACGCCCCCGACCCCGACCCGGAUCUGAUCCGAACUCUCGAGGCCAACCGCGCGGGUUGGCUGGCGCGGCGGUGCAAGUCGGCCCACUGGGGCAUCUAUCGGCUCACCCAGUCCGCCGAGUGCCCCGACGACAAGACCCGAGGAAGGUACGCGGUGCGGUGUUCGAUAUGCGGUACGAGGUACGCGGUGGAUCCGCACGUGGGCGGGUCGUUCCUGAAGCGGCACGUCACCGGGAAGCACCCCGGGGCGUGGACGUGGUGGUCGGCACGAUGCGCCGCCCUCGAUCUCGCCGAACGAACCCAUCGAGCGGGCCCGAGGGUCGCCGCCGAACACGGCGACGGCGACGACGACGACGACGACGACGGGGACGGAGACGAGAAGGACGUCGCGACGAUGAAGCGGCGACCGCCGCGAUCGUCGCGCCGGUCGGACGCGGGGGGUAAAAACCCGGGCGACAAACGCGCUCGCAUCGAAAGCGUACAGGCGGAGGCGUCGACACAGCUGGCGGCGGCGUUCGCGGAGCGCCGAGGUGUCGACGGCGCGAACGCACGGAACGCCAACCCCGGGUCGCGAGGCGCCAACCCGGGUGGCGGAGACGUCGCGGCUGGCAUCGCGGCGAUGUGUCAGGACUGCGAGCCGUGCGAGCUCCGACCGAAGGCGUUUUUCGUGGCUUGGUCCGGGGUGAUGACGCUGGCGUGGGAGGGGUUUCCGCCGGCGAUGGCGUCGCUGAAGCGGCGGAUCGCGCGCGCGUUUCCCGCGCUUUCCCCGGAGAAGCCCGGGAGCAGGUGGGCGAAGACGACGCUGGGGUGCCUGAAGGAGGGCGCGCGGCUCACGCCGGCGCAGUUGGACGUGCUCGUCGACUUGUGCGAAAGAUUCGGCGGGAAGAUCGCCGCGACAAGUGACCGGGAGGGUGCCGAAGAGGGUGCCGAAGAGGGUGCCGAAGGGGUGCCCACCGAAGGGGUGCCCACCGAAGGGGUGCCCACCGAAGGGGGUGUCGCCGAGGUUGCCGCCUCUCCGGGGUGCGUGCCCGUCGACGGGCUGUCGGUGGUGCUGUUUCAGUGCAGGUCGCUCGAGCGCGUGCUGAGCGAACACGUCGUAUCGUUCCGAACCAACGGGAUUGCCCGUAACAGGGAUCGCCCGUCGCGAGAUGAGACGGCCGUCGUGGACGCCGUGCUGAGGGAGUCAUCGCGCGAGUGUCUCGAAAAGUACUGGCCCCUCGCGGCGAGGGACGGGGGACGCGAGCCGCACUACCGCGACGAUAAGUUUGGAGCCACGCUGGUGGCGAGACUGAGGCGCCCGCCCCGGGCGGUGGCUGAGUUUCGCGCCGCCGUCGACGCGGCGCUGCCGGGGAUGUACGCGUGGUUCCACGACGACUCGUUGCACGUCACCCUGCGCGGCCUCGUCGACCCGCCGUGA